AUAUGUACAAGGCUCCUAUUACCAACCAUUAGUACCCCCCACAUAUCCGUUAGUCUUCAAACGCUAGCUCAAGAUCACCAAACACCUAUUUGUCACAAUGUGGGAUUCCGGUAAGAAGCGAAAGAUUUUCUUAACAAUUUUUGCUUCCAUCCUACUAGUCACGGCUGUCAUUGGCAUCGUCGGAGUUACCUCAAAAUCCCAUACCGACAACAUCAUAGCAUCCAAAGCUCACGCUAUCGUGAAAUCAUCGUGUAGCGUUACCCUUCACCCCGAACUAUGCUACUCCACGCUAUCUAGCGUCCCGGAAAUGACAAACAAGGUAAAAAAUAAAAAAGACGUCAUUGUGAUAGCAAUCAAUGUAACCAAGGAGAUAAUCAAAAGAAACUACUUCACAUUAAAGAAGAUUUCCUUGAAACCUGGUCUCACGGAACGUGACAAAAUCGCUAUCCAUGAUUGUCUAGAAUUGGUUGCAGACACACUCGAAGAACUCAAAAAGGUCGUAGGCUACCUAAAGACAUAUCCUAGGAAGAAAGGGAUGCACAAACAUGUGGACGACAUUCUGACUCUUGUGAGCACGUCUUUAACAAACAGAGAAACAUGCAUAGACGGUUUCUCACACAAUAAACAUGGCAAGAAAGUGCGUGAAUCACUAAUCUCAGGAGAGAUCCAUGCCGAAAAGCUAUGUAGCAACUCACUAGCCAUGAUCAAGAACUUGACCGACUCAGAUUUGGCCAAAUACGAUGAAUUACAACUCAAGGUAAAUAAAGGAAGAAAGUUAAUUGAUCAGGUGGACAGUAAUAACGUUAAGUGGCCAACAUGGCUGUCCGCAGGAGACAGGAGGCUGUUGCAGUCAGGGAGUGUGACACCUAAUGUCCGUGUGGCAGCGGAUGGUAGUGGGGACUAUACCACAAUUUCUGCUGCUGUUGCGGCUGCUCCUAGUGGAAGCUCAUCGAGGUUUGUGAUUGGUAUCGCGGCCGGAGUGUAUAGAGAAAAUGUGGAGAUUCCAAGUAGUAAAACAAAUUUGAUGUUUCUCGGUUCCGGGCAAUCUUCCACUAUCAUCACGGCUAGCAGAAGCGUUGCCGGUGGCAGCACCACCUUCAACUCCGCUACCGUCGCUGCUGUUGGUGAUGGAUUUCUAGCACGUGACAUAACGUUUCAAAACACAGCUGGGCCAUCAGGGGAACAAGCGGUGGCACUACGGGUCGGGUCAGAUGAAUCAGCAUUUUAUCGAUGUGGGAUGAUAGCAUACCAAGACACGCUUUAUGUCCACUCCAAUCGUCAGUUCUAUGUUGGCUGUUACAUAGCUGGUACGGUGGACUUCAUUUUUGGAAACGCGGCUAGUGUUUUUCAAGAUUGUGACAUUCAUGCUCGUAAACCUGGACCAAAACAAAAGAAUAUGGUCACGGCUCAAGGAAGAAGUGACCCGAACCAAAAUACAGGGAUUGUGAUUCAAAAGUGUAGAAUUGGGGCCACAAGCGACCUUAUACCGGUGCAAGCAACCUUUCCAACAUAUUUGGGAAGGCCGUGGAAGAAUUACUCAAGAACGGUUGUGAUGCAAUCGACAAUAAGUGAUGUCAUUAACCCGGCCGGAUGGUUUCCUUGGGACGGGGAUUUUGCACUUAAUACGUUAUACUAUGGGGAGUACAAGAACACCGGGGCUGGGGCUGACACGUCGAAUAGAGUGACGUGGAAAGGAUACAAGGUGAUUACCAGUGCAACGGAAGCUCAAGGUUUUACUGCUGGAAACUUUAUCAGUGGUGGUAAUUGGUUAGGCAACACUGGCUUCCCUUUCUCUCUUGGAUUGUAAUGUUAAUUUAAUAUGUCUAUAUUGUAUGUAUGUUAUCAAUCAUGUGUUAUUGUGUUUGAAAUAAGUUGUUUGAAUUUGAAUACUAGUAAUAAUCAAAUAACAACAAAAAACAAAUAAUUUGAUACCGCA